UCAUAAACAUUCGACCAAAUGAAUUGAUUAACCAAGUUCAUUGGGCGUAUCGGUCGAAUACUAAACCUUUAAUUGCUGUCGUAGCAUGAGCACCCGGCUGGUUUUGCCCAAUAAUAAAUAGUUUGCCGUAAUUUGUCUGUGAAAAGUGGCAGGCAGUAUUAUCAGUCGACAAAUGUAUAAAUGUUAACACGAAAAUAACAUUAUUUCAGCGCACUGAUAAAAGCUGGCAAGCGAAAAACUGAAAACUGGAACUACAAUGUCCGAGAGUCAGCAGCCGGUGCUUAGUAGAACGCAGUCAUCCGUCGACUACGGCAGCACGAUCCGGACGGAAUCGCUACGCCGGCCCACAUUUAUUCCGAUCGAAUCUCCGCGUCGCUAUUCCAAAAUGGCCCAAGGUUCCCUGUCCGGUCACGAGGCCCAGAACCGGCUCCAGAGAUUGGAGUACUUCCUCAACGUUUUGAACCAGAUGUGCAUUGGAUUCGUCACCAUCUAUAUAUCCUAUCUGACGCUACGAACAGGGCUGUCUGGCACGGGUCUGCAUGCCUGGCUGGUUACCAUCGGGUUCUCCUUCUUCAUGGCCGAGGGCGUUAUGAUCCACUACGGCGGAAAUGUGCUGACAAACGGAUACAAACGCCAAACGAAGACCACCAUACACUGGGUGCUUCUGACUUUGGGAGGCGGUUGCGGGGCAGCUGGUGCCCUUAUCAAGAUGAUUCAAAAGGGGUUUUUGCUGCAAUCGACACAUGGGAGGCUGGGGAUGACCGCCUUCAUACUGUGCAUUCUAGCCAUGUCCUCGGGCUUGGCGGCACUUUUCUCCGCCCGCAUGAAGAAGCUUUUAGCACCAUUGCUGAACAAGACGUUCCACAACUUCCUGGGAUUCGCGUGCUUCGUGAUCGCUCUGGUGACCCAGUAUUACGGCUACCAGACGGGAUACUUCAAGAGCCGUAGUGAGACAGAUUUCCAAAUCCUGAUGAAGUGCCUCACCCUCAUAUCGUUGGUUCUGUCCAGCUACGGACCGAUGAAAGCACUCUAUCAGAAAUGCAAAAAUAUAUUCAGCCAAUUUUAGAUAGGAGGAAAAGUAUCACUCGAAUGUACGUAGAUAAAUAAAUGUAAUUCUUCUUAAAAA